CAACAAACAGAAUGGCCUUCGAAAACGACGAGCAUAAAGCAGCAUACGGUGACGUUUUAAAAGAGGGCUAUGAUGACGCCGAUUUGGAUGAGAUCAUCAAGUUGCUGGAGAAAUUCCAUCUGGGUAUUGAAAGCCGCAAAUCCAGGUUACCUGGCAGAAAGUAGGAAGAAGCAGGGUGACCAGCUUUCUGCAAAGGACUUUUGAUCUGUUGAGAGACUACUUAAUCAUAUGACCCCUAACAUGUAACAUGGCAAAGAUUACACAGUGCAAUGUGUGAAGAGCUCAACACCUACCCAGCAGUGCAUGUCUGCACGAAAAUGGACCAGUUCUGUAUCACAUGAUUCUUUCAAAUCCCAAACCAUUUGAUGUUGGUUCGUCUUCAUCAAGUGGAUGUCCAAGCCAGAACAUCACAGGCAUGUGACUGUCAUUCAAAAAUUUCUAGUUUAUGGUUUAAAAAAUUUAAAAACUGACAUUAUAAGUUUUCCAGCUUUGGUCUUGGUCCUGUUUCAAACAUGACAACCACUACAAUGGACCUCGCUAAGGAGAGAAGUGCACUGAUCUAUAAAAUAAUCGAGGAAAUUCGCAGCUUCCCUGCAAUUUGGGAUGUAAGUUGCAAGGGGUAUAAAGAUAACUAUGUGAGGAAUGAAGCCUACAACGCUGUCGCCAAUGAAAUGAACAUGACAGUGCACCAAGUGAAAGAGAGAUACAGAAACCUAAGGACAUAUUAUGGCAGAGAGAAGAAGAAAAUAGAGAAAAGUGAGAGGAAUGGUGAUGGUCACUCUGAGGUCUAUCGGUCUAAGUGGGAAUAUUUUGAUGUCCUGGAUUCAUUUCUGAAAGACUCAUUGAGAGGCAGACAGUCAUCAUCCUGGUACUCCACUGAGUGGUCUCCAGGAGAUGAUGAGGAAGGAGAGAGUCUGGGAGACAUCUCAUAUUGUGAAGAAAACACAGAUUUAACUUUACUUGCUCGAAAGCGGUUAAAAGUGGAACACGAAGACGAUGAAUCUUGGGAAGGUAAAUCUGACCUUCUCAGGGAACCUAUGUCUCCGCCUGUUCGACAGGAAGUACAUGUUUCACCUCAGCCAAUCGCCUUGCACAGCAACAGCUCAGCUGUUGGACAGAUAGUGCCAAGGCGAGCAGAAUCAGCUCAAGAGACCCAAUCUAGGUCAACCAACAUGGACCACUCGGGUAUAUUAGCUGACAGGGCCCAGAGGCAAGUCAAACCAGUUCUAGCACAGACCUUGUCUCAGUCAACCAGGGUUGGCACCUCACUAGCACAUGGAACUCAACCAAACUUGCCCAGUCUGGAUUCCUUAUUUGGACAAAUGGUUGGAAUGCAACUUGCCAAUGUGCAAAAUGGGAAGAAGAAAGAGUUCCUUAAACUAAAAAUUCAGCGCCUUAUUUUUGAAGCUCAGUUUGACAUCGACCCUUGUACUGUGGACUGAAAUGUGCAACCUGUUUCAGGAAUAUGGUGAACUGUUAACGAAAUGGCACUUUAUUCAUUGUGGGGCAUGUACAUGAAAUAUUGCAGAUGGUAACCGUAUGAUGGAAUUCAGUUUGACAAGGAGCUCACUAAGUAGCUUACAAGUCUCUUUGUUGGUCGUUUGAGUAUUUGACAUCCAUCUUUUAACAAUGUCCAUUCACUUAACAUGGGACCUAAGUGCAAGAUGACAUCAACAUUUUGCGGGAUGCUGCAAAUCUGGCGAAUUUGCAUUUGUUUAGUUAUACACGUAGACACAUUGUGUAAUAUUCCAUAGAAACAGAACAGGUGUAAACGCAACAGCUUGUCGUUGCAAACCCUUUAUAUCUGCAGCAAGAUUUAAGAUCAUAUUGGAAGAGUUAAGGGACAUAAUUGUAUGUAUCCACAGAUGCAGACAAUUCUGUAGGCAUGCUUUCAACACAGCAGUUACCCUAAUUGUUCUAAUUCAUAUUAGUAUUGCUGAAAGCAAAGAAUUUCUAACCUUUCUCCCCCAGUAUUUUUGGAAAAGUAGAUAAGAAUAUGUUGCCCAUUAGAUGGACUAACCAUGUGGGGAUAAAAAAGAAACUAAAUAUCCCUGCUAUAGUACAUGUAUAUUGGUUACAAAAAGCAGAGCAAAUGUCCCCAAAAUCAGAAGAAUUAGGCUUGAUUUACGUAACACUACUAUUUAUGUAACACUACUAGCAGAUGGUGAAAUCAGCCCCUGUUUUCAGGAAGUGAAUGUAAAUGGUAGGAUCCACAGAAACAAAACUGUUCAGUGUCUGUUCAAGAAACCGUUGCUAUGUGAGUCAAAGAAAACCUCAUUCCAUGAAAUGAAUUUUGUUUACUUAUUCAGAUCUAUAACAUGGCUACAAAAAUGUGAUUUCAUGAAAACAAAGUACAGAAACUUCAAAGAAUUCCAAAAAUUUGUUAGUUAUUUAGAAAGAAAAAAUAAAUUUGUGUCAAUAAAUGUUGAUUGUGGGUUGUGAU